CUGGGCCCAAGCUACCUUUUUUUUUUUCUUAAACUUAAAUAUUAUCCUUAAGAAAAUGGAAAAAACAUGGGUGGACUCUCCUACUUUGUUUUUAAGGGAGAAGAAUUUCAAACAAACCAUUCCACCUGUGACUAUUGAGGAUGGAGAACAAAUCAGCUAUGAGAAGGCCACCAAAGCACUGAAAAGGGCUGUUAAUUUUUUCUCCGCAUUGCAAGCUAGUGAUGGCCAUUGGCCCGCAGAAAAUGCUGGCCCAUUGUUUUUCCUUCCACCCUUGGUGUUCGCCUUGUACAUCACAGGGCACCUCAAUACUGUAUUCCAUGCAGAGCAUCGCAAAGAAAUCCUUCGAUACAUAUAUUAUCAUCAGAAUGAAGAUGGGGGCUGGGGAUUGCACAUCGAAGGUCAUAGCACCAUGUUUUGUACUGCUCUUAGCUACAUUUGCAUGCGUAUUCUAGGAGAAGGACCCGAUGGUGGUCUAGAUAAUGCUUGUGCAAGAGCACGCAAGUGGAUUCUUGACCAUGGCAGUGUCACUCACAUACCUUCAUGGGGAAAGACUUGGCUUUCGAUACUAGGUAUCUUUGACUGGUCUGGAAGCAACCCGAUGCCCCCAGAGUUUUGGAUCCUUCCUUCCUUCCUUCCCAUGCACCCAGCUAAAAUGUGGUGCUAUUGUCGUAUGGUUUACAUGCCUAUGUCAUAUCUAUAUGGGAAAAGAUUUGUGGGACCAAUCACACCAUUAAUUCAACAAUUGAGAGAAGAACUUUACCUUCAACCUUACAAUGAAAUUAAUUGGAGGAAAGCACGCCAUUCAUGUGCUCCUGAGGAUCUUUACUACCCGCAUCCAUUGAUACAAGAUUUGAUGUGGGAUACUCUGUAUAUUUUGGUCGAGCCCUUUCUUACUCGCUGGCCUCUUAAUAAUUUGAUUAGAGAAAAGGCUCUGCAAGUAGCUAUGAAACACAUUCAUUAUGAAGAUGAGAACAGUAGAUACAUCACCAUUGGUUGCGUGGAGAAGGUGCUAUGCAUGCUUGCUUGUUGGGUGGAAGAUCCAAAUGGUGAUUACUUUAAAAAGCAUCUUGCUAGGAUCCCAGAUUACAUAUGGGUCGCUGAAGAUGGAAUUAAGAUGCACAGUUUUGGAAGUCAAGAGUGGGAUACUGGUUUUGCUGUUCAAGCUUUACUUGCUAGCAAUCUCAUAGAUGAAAUUGGACCUGUGCUUAAGAGAGGACAUGAUUUCAUAAAGAAAUCUCAGGUCAAGGACAACCCUUCAGGUGACUUCAAGAAAAUGCAUCGUCAUAUUUCCAAGGGAUCUUGGACUUUCUCUGAUCAAGAUCAUGGAUGGCAAGUUUCUGACUGCACCGCAGAAGGCUUGAAGUGUUGCUUACUAAUGUCAAUGUUGCCGCAAGGAAUUGUUGGUGAGAAACUAGAACCAGAGAGAUUGUACGAUGCUGUUAAUGUUUUGCUUUCUCUUCAGAGUAAAAAUGGAGGUCUUGCUGCCUGGGAGCCAGCUGGAGCUUCAGAAUGGUUGGAAAUGCUCAAUCCCACAGAAUUUUUCGCAGACAUUGUCAUUGAGCAUGAAUAUGUUGAGUGCACUUCAUCCUCAAUCAGUGCUUUAGUUUUGUUUAAAAAGCUAUAUCCUGGGCAUCGGAAGAAGGAGAUUGAAAAUUUCAUUACAAAUGCUGUACGCUUCCUUGAAAACAUACAAAUGCCUGAUGGAUCAUGGUAUGGGAACUGGGGAGUAUGCUUCACAUAUGGUUCAUGGUUUGCCCUUGGAGGACUAGCUGCUGCUGGCAAAACUUACAACAAUUGUCCAGCAACGCGAAAAGGUGUUGAAUUUCUCCUUAGAACACAAAGAGAGAAUGGUGGUUGGGGAGAGAGCUAUAAAUCAUGCCCCGAGAAGAAAUAUGCGCCUCUAGAAGAAGGAAGAUCAAACUUGGUACACACUGCAUGGGCUAUGAUGGGUUUGAUUAUAGCUGGACAGGUAAAUCAAUCAAACUUGGUACACACUGCAUGGGCUAUGAUGGGUUUGAUUAUAGCCGGACAGGUAGAAAGAGAUCCAACACCUCUUCAUCGCGCAGCCAAGCUAAUCAUCAAUUCUCAAUUGGAAGAUGGUGAUUUUCCCCAACAGGAAAUCACUGGAGUCUUCAUGAAGAACUGCAUGUUACACUACGCAGCAUAUAGGAACAUUUACCCACUUUGGGCGCUUGCAGAGUACCGUAGAUGGGUACCAUUGCCUUGAUGCCUUUGAGAUCAAGAACAAAAUAGACUACUGUUUAGAGAAGGAUUUGUAAUUCUGCUUUUGCUUUUCUACAUUAAUUGAUCCAUACCUCUUACACAAAGUUUAUAUGGAUAUGUGGGCGCAAGACAGUGCCUUUCUAAAAUGGAUGGAACAGAGGAUGUAUAAGUUCCAACUGCAGCUACAAAUAAUGUUUAAUAGAAGAUCAAGAUAUAUACUUUGUGCUUGGCAAAAUAGAGUCCACUGUCAGCCAUACACAUUCAGAACCCAGAUUCAUGAACAAAUGUUAUCAUCAAACAAUCAAACAUGAAAGGCAUACACAAAUGACACUUUGCCUAGCAAAACAUCACUGUUAAGUGUUGACUCCAUAAAAUUCUGAUGAGCUAAUUCCACUAACAAGCGUACUAGGUUGAUCAGAUAAUGUGUAAAAUCUGUAUAACCCAAGUUUGUGUCUCAAUUUAGGGACGAUGCUAUAGUCUUUUCAAUUGUA